AUGUUCAAAGGUAUAAAAUGCGAAGUUCGGUACGACGUAUUCAUCAGUCAAUAUAAAGCGCCACAAUCUGACCGAGUCAGUCAUUAUCGAGUUAAUCGCGCCGUCUCGAGUUUUUUAAUUGAGAGUGUCUUUCCGGAUAUAUUGAAUUAUUAUUUAGAUCACAAUUGGCUCUGUAAUCGUGCUAUUUUGGCAGCAAGAAAUGUUGAUGUGAACGAAAUUAACUUCCAUAUACAACAGAUUUUGCCCGGUGAUUUGAUGUCUUUUAAAUCAAUCGACACAGUUAUUGAUGAAAACGAAACCGUAAACUUUCCAACUGAAUUUUUGAAUUCUCUGGAUUUACCAGGAAUGCCACCACACAACCUUCAAUUGAAAAUUGGUUCACCAAUCAUUCUUCUACGUAAUUUAAACCCACCUCAAUUAUGUAACGGUACACGUUUAGUCAUAAAAAAAUGA